GUAUUAUAUAUCACUGUGAUCUGACCAAAGAGGAACUGGAGCCAAGAGUUUUCCGGGAGGUGACUGUGAAAGGAUUUGACCCUUCGGUUUACCAGACAAUUCAGGUUUUCUACCCUAGCAAAGAUGGUACUAAGAUCCCAAUGUUUAUUAUUCACAAGAAAGGAAUUAAAUUGGAUGGUUCUCAUCCUGCCUUCUUGUAUGGAUAUGGAGGCUUCAACAUAUCAAUUACACCAAGCUACAGUGUGUCAAGACUUAUUUUUGUGCAACACCUAGGGGGUGUUCUAGCAGUGGCGAAUAUCAGGGGCGGUGGUGAAUAUGGAGAAACCUGGCACAAAGGUGGUAUCUUGGCCAACAAACAAAAUUGCUUUGAUGACUUCCAGUGUGCUGCCAAAUACCUCAUCAAGGAAGGCUACACAUCCCCAAAGAAGUUGACUAUUAAUGGAGGCUCAAAUGGGGGCCUCUUAGUUGCUGCCUGUGCUAAUCAGCGCCCCGACCUAUUUGGUUGUGCCAUUGCCCAAGUGGGAGUGAUGGACAUGCUCAAGUUCCACAAGUACACCAUCGGCCAUGCUUGGACCACUGACUACGGUUGCUCUGACCGUAAAGAGCAGUUUGAAUGGCUCUGCAAGUACUCUCCGCUUCACAAUAUCAAACUGCCGGAAGAAGAUGGCAUCCAGUAUCCCUCUAUGCUGCUUCUCACAGCAGACCAUGAUGAUCGUGUGGUCCCUCUACAUUCACUGAAGUUUAUCGCUACUCUGCAAUAUGUUGUGGGCCGAAGCCGUAAACAAACCAAUCCACUUCUCAUCCAUGUUGACACCAAGGCUGGGCAUGGAGCAGGAAAGCCAACUGCUAAAGUUAUAGAAGAAGCAUCAGAUAUGUUUGCUUUUCUAGCACGAUGUCUAAAUCUUGAUUGGAUUGAAUAGGCAAAAUGCUUAUUACUGUCUCAUUUAGAAAACAAGGGCUUUAACACCAUUUAAGACCAACCAGACUACUACUUGGUGUAGUACUUACAUUUAAGAACUGCAGUUUAAUAUUUUAUUGAUCCAACCUGCUAUGGAGUUUUGACCUUCUGUGCUUCCCUCUUUUUGGCGUUUCUUUGAAUUUCUUUUCUACUGCGUUGCAAAGUACAUUUUGAAAAGCAUGUUCAAAUAAAUAGCUGAGCUACUGUCCGUGCUGUUGUGAACAUUUAGAUUCUGGAGUUAAUGCUAGUUGAGCUUAUUUCCUGUAAACGAUUUUAAUGUAUUUUGCACCUAUAAACUUAUCCAGGUCAUCUGUAAUUAAAUGUAAGUACUGUCCACAUACAAGAACUCUGAGCAUACUUUAUUUACACAAUAACUUACUUAAGAAUGUAAAUUGAAGGUGUUCAGCGAUAACCAUGAAAUACUGAAGAGACAGUAAUCUGGGUAUUUAAGUCAAAUAUUAUUAAAACGCGUAUAUUACAUGCUGUUCAUAA